AUAAGAUAAAUACUAUUACUGAUAUUAAUAAGCUCUUGUAGUGGCCACACAUGAGAUAACACAUUUAGUUAUCAAUUGCCGUUCUUCACCCCAUAAAUUGCUGGACAUUUCGGUUGUGUUCACUGGAGAAACUCCAUUUUUCACCAUGGCAAAAAGACCUAACAUUCUUGUUCUUAAACCCUUUGAAAAUAGUAACCUUUACCUUAGAAGAAUGGAGGAUAAGAUGAAACCAAGUGCAAGUGCAAGUGAAGUAAAUGAACUUGAGGGUUUACUUGAAGACCUAACAUCUAAUGAUGUUCCGAAGGGAAUUCAAAAUCAACCACUUCCUCAGAUACCUAGCUUGAAUUCAGUUCAAACUUACAUUUUAAAAAAUACUUAUGCUAACAGCCCUCCUAAACUUCCUUCUAGAAACCUUAAACCUAGUAAUAUUGAUAGCGAUAUGUACAAGAACACCCAAUGUGUGAGGUGUGAUUAUGGUUUUGAGCCUCAUGAAAAGAUUGUCAAUACAAAUGGAGAGCUGUGGCAUCCCCAGUGCUUUGUGUGCGCUCAAUGCUUUCGCUCCUUUCCAGAAGGAAUUUUUUACGAGUUUGAGGGUCGCAAGUAUUGUGAGCAUGAUUUUCAGAUGCUCUUUGCUCCUUGUUGCGGUCGCUGUGGUGAAUUUAUCAUCGGUCGCGUUAUUAAAGCAAUGAAUGCCAAUUGGCAUCCCAAGUGCUUCCUCUGCGAGAUGUGUGACAAAGAACUAGCCGACCAGGGGUUCAUUCGUCACCAGAAUAAGGCACUCUGCCACGAUUGUAACGCUCGAGCAAAAGCCGCCAGCUUGGGAAAACAUGUUUGCCAUAAGUGCCACUCUAUGAUUGAUGAUCGUCCGCUACGUUUCCGUGGCGAAGUCUAUCAUCCUUAUCAUUUCAACUGCUCGUCUUGCGGAAUUGAACUCAACGCGGACGCACGUGAAGUUAAAAGCAGACCAGGUUUCACCGCUAAUGAGAUGAACGAGUUGUAUUGCUUGAGAUGCCACGACAAAAUGGGUAUUCCAAUUUGUGGUGCUUGCCGUCGUCCAAUUGAAGAGCGUGUCGUUACGGCGUUAGGAAAGCAUUUUCAUGUUGAGCAUUUCGUAUGCGCCAAAUGCGAGAAACCGUUCUUGGGUAAUCGCCAUUAUGAGAAGAAGGGUCUUGCCUAUUGCGAAACCCAUUAUCAUCAGCUUUUCGGCAAUCUUUGCUUCGUUUGCAAUCAAGUUAUUGGAGGAGAUGUGUUUACCGCAUUGAACAAAGCCUGGUGUGUUCACCAUUUCGCUUGUUCGGUUUGUGACACAAAAAUGUCGCAGAAAACCAAGUUCUACGAAUUCGACUUGAAACCGACUUGUAAAAAAUGUUUCGAUAAAUUUCCGGCUGAACUUCGGAAGCGUUUGAAGAAAGCUUACGAGACUAGCCCGAGGAAAAGCUCUGCAGCGAAUUAGUAUGGGAAUAAUAAGUAACGAAUCAACAUAAUUGGAUUCGUUUUUUUUCCCCGGCUCUUGUUUACCUUUUAAUAUUCUUACUCCUAGUAAAUUGAUAAAUAUGCUGAAUUUUAAAAUUCUUUUUCCUUCACAAGGUGCCUUGCUUUUACUGUAUCAAAGAUAAGACCACAAACUUUUAAAUUACAAGUUAAGCGAUUAAUGACUUUACGUCUGCCGAUUAGCGUAAGUACAAGAAUUAUUCAUAUUUAAAUUCUACAGGAUUUUCGUGUUUUUUUACUUCACUUCUCGCUUAUUUCUGUAAGCUACAGUCACACUUUUAAAAUGUUUCCCUCAUUGAAAUCACUUUCAAGUUCACAAAAAACAACAAAAUAUCUUAACAACUGCUGACGUGUCUUCCGAAUAAUGAUUUUUAAACAUGUAAUAAACUAAUAAUCUCACA